AUGGCGUCUUCUCUCGGUGCGGCUUUCCGCUCUCUCUGGCACGACCUUACCAGCUACGACCGACACUCGACCGUUGACUCUCCCUACCGCACCGGUCGACACGUCCCUCUGAACCAUCGCCAGAGCGGAAUCCUCACCUCCGUCGCGACCGCCUCCGAAUCCCGUGCCGAUGUCUCCUCCCCCUACGGCGAUGACAGCUACAACAGGCUCACCCGCGACAGCAGCUACCAUGGCGGCCACAUCCCUAAUACCCCGACCAGCCCCAACCCGGCCGCGACGCCCUACUCUCCUGGCCUGAGAUCCCAGUCGGCUCGCCGUUCAAGUCAGGCUGACGGCUUCGAGAUGCAAAGCCCAGGCGAUGUGCAGAUGCAGUCUUUCCAGGACGGCGCACCCCCUCCCCCUCCCGUCUCCCACUCGUGGAAGAAGAUUGAUGCUUGGGCUGAGGAGCACUACCCUGAGCUCUUCGACCAGCUCUGCGAAGGCUGCACUGACAACGACCUCAACGAAUUGGAGCACCAGCUGGACUGCUCCCUCCCCCUCGAUGUGAGAGAAUCGCUCAUGAUCCACGAUGGCCAGGAGCGAUUGGGUAUGCCCACUGGUAUCAUCUUCGGCUCUAUGCUGCUCGAUUGUGAGGAAAUGGUCCAGGAAUGGGAUCAGUGGCGCAAGGUCAACCAGGAGUUUCUCUCCGAGGCAGCGAUCCGCAAGCCCGCCAUGCCCUCCAAGGCUGCCCUUGGCAGCGAAAACGGCCAGCCCUCAUCCUCCAGGACACCCGCCUCUCCUGCCGCCUCCAACAACCCUUCUUGGCGUCAGGACCUCAUCGCCCGUCAGGAUUGUGUUCCUCCCGGAUCUGUGCAGCGAUCGUACGCCCACCCCGCGUGGAUUCCCCUUGUCCGUGACUGGGGCGGCAACAACCUCGCCGUGGAUCUCGCACCUGGCCCCAACGGCAGAUGGGGACAGAUUGUUCUUUUCGGCCGCGACUACGACACCAAGUACGUUAUUGCUCGGUCUUGGGCCCACUUCCUCGCAACUGUUGCGGACGAUCUGAGCAGCGGCAAGUGGUUCGUGGACGAUGAGACCAACGAGCUUAAGUUGCGCGAGUUCAAGGAUGCGCGCGUUGAGCCUCCCUACUUUGGUAUCCUGCGUUGGCGCAUGGACCAGAAGUACGGUCGCCGAGCAGCAAAGCGCAAGUCGGUCGUGCCUCCCAACAGAGCUGGCUCGCCUGCUGGAUCUGGCGCCAACUCCCCGUACUCAAGCCCCACGAAUACCGAACCGAACGGCGAACAGCGCGGACGAUCGAUGCAACGAUUGGGCGGUGCUUCACCUGUCGCCAGCCCCAUCCGACCCGGCUACGGCAAGUCUAGUCCUCUCGCACGAGUGGCUGAAGAGACCCCUCUGCCUGACCUACAGACCAACGGCCUCAAGCCCACGAAGCUUGUUGAAGUCGAGACCCCGAGACCGAGCGAGGACACACCUAAGGGUUCCCGUGUGUCGCUACUGUCGCACGUCGAGACGACCGAGGCGAAGGAGGGCAAGGAGAAUGAGGACCCUGAGGCCAAGGUGAACGGCACCACCAACGAGAAGGCGAAUGGCAAGGCCAACGGCAAGCAGCCCGAGGUUACGGAGGAGCCGAUGAAGGAGAUCGAGAUAUAG